ACUCCGCGCCUUGUGCUCUAUCAUCAGACUCAGUUUAUGCCUAAUGGGGACUACGUCUCUCUUUUGCCUCUUGUGCAAGAACACUCGGCGCAACCCAAACCAACUCCCCGCACCGCAAUCACACACAUUAUCCUCGCCGCAAUCCACCUCAACGCCAAUGGGACCGACGGACCCCGCCUCAACGACGACCCCUACGGCUCGCCGAGGUUUUCGCGGCUAUGGGAAGAUGUGCGGAUUCUCCAGCGAGUGUACGGCAUCAAGGUACUCGGCAUGCUAGGCGGGGCAUGUCGAGGCUCUUUUGCCGCACUUGCAGAAGGUCUCGUCAUUGACGACAACGCCUCCUCAUCUACCGUCGACCCCGACGCGCUUUUCGAAGCACGCUACGCUCCUCUCCGCGACCUCAUAUCCUCGACUGGCAUCGACGGACUUGACCUGGACGUGGAAGAGCCCAUCCCAUUCCUCGCCAUCGUGCGACUCAUCUCCCGCCUGAAAGCCGAUUUCGGGGACUCCUUCAUCAUUACGCUGGCACCCGUCGCCACGGCGCUACGCUUCUUCCCCGUCGGCGCGUCCAAUCGGGACGAAGCCAUGGAGAUACUCGACCCGCAGGAACCGCAGGACCGCGCAGUCAACUUGAGCGGGUUCAAUUACUUUGCGCUCGAAGGGCUCAUGGGCGAUCUGAUAGACUGGUAUAAUGUCCAGUUCUACUGCGGGUGGGGCAACGUCGUUGGCACCCGAGAUUACGAUGAAAUGGUCCAACUGCGAGGCUGGCCUGCGCAGAAACUGGUCCUGGGCCUGGCGACGAAUCCGAGUGUAGGCGGCUAUGCGCCGCCGCCGGGGGCAGAUCCGCGGACGCGCGUGUGGCCGCAUGAUGCGGUGCUGUGGCAGACGCUGGGCACGUUGCGGAAGAGGUAUGCGCCUUCUUUUGGCGGCGUCAUGGGAUGGGAGUAUUUUAAUGCAGUAACGACAACGUAUGAGGGUGACCCGUCGGCAGGACCGUGGUGUUGGGCAAAGCUAAUGACGGAUAUUUUG